AUGGAUUGCUUCGAGGAUCCUUACGGUUGGGAGUUCAGUAGGAAGUGCACCUAUGAUUACGAGGUGGGGAAUGGUAAAAUUGGACAAGGAACAUACCAAAAAAUAGAGAGAGAUUAUCCUGAAUUGUUUUUUGUUGGUAAUUCGAUUUAAUUGGGAACUUGGACAGGGACGAUCACUAGAUCGAGACAAUUGAAAUAUGCUGUGUAUAUCUGCACAGGAUGCAAAGAUUUUUGCACAACACCUGACGAAACUACUUGCUAUACAUUCGAUCAUGAUUACAAGAAAGUUGAUAUUGAUAAGGUUGCAGUAGAAUGCAUUGAAGGAUAUUAUCUAAAGAUGAAUACAUGCGAAAGUUGUUCAAUCAAGUAUUGCAGCAAAUGUGGUACUCUUGUUUCUGGGUCUGGUGGUACAGAUUUGUGUGAACAAUGUUAGGAUGGGUAUCGAUGGAGUGCUUAAACUAAAAGUUGUGUUUUGUGCACCAACAAUUGCAGCAAAUGCGUCACAGUAACUGUAGCUAGCACUGAAAUUUAACAGUGUAAAGCUUGUAACUCUGGUUAUAUACCUAGUCUGGAUUUGAGGACUUGCGAAGGAUGUGAUUCGAAUUGUUUGAGAUGCGAAUAUAUUGCAAUAUAAACGAUGGAAAUCAUGUACCCAUCAAGAUCUUUUUUGUCGAUAGGUGAGGAUAUAAAAGAUUGGUAUGUCAAAAUUUGUAGACAAUGUCAAUAAAGCAACGAUAUCCUAAAUUAUGAUGGAUAAUCAUGUGUUCCUACUCAGGUUUCUAAUUGUGAUGUAGGAUACUACCAAAUUUCUCUAUUAAGCGAUACCUCAUCUACAAGAUCCUCUCUUGAUCUAGAUUUCAUACCUUAUAGGAGGGAUUACGAUUCAGAUCCUGUAAGCAUGUGUUUAUAUUGUAAAACUGACUUUGUUUUAUCGGCCGAUGGCACCAGUUGCGUAGCUGUCGAUAAUGCCAAAAAAUUGGCAAAUUGCAUUUCUCAUUAGAUUAGUGGUGCUAAUUACAUAUGCAUUAAAUGCUCAUCAGGAUAUUCCUUAGAUACUAAACAGGGAUCAUGCUUUGUUGGAUGCAGUGAUUAAAUUGACAAUUGCUUAUACUGUUAUUCUUAUGACAGUCCCAGUGAUGAUAUUGUAAGCUAUUACGAUUCAUCUGGAAUUCUACUUAAAGGAGACACUUAAAAGGUUUACUCGUGCUUAAUUUGUGAUGAUGGCUAUUAUGCUGAUUUCUUUUCGAAUUCUUGCUUGCCUUGUCCGGCUUAUUGCUCUUCAUGUUCAUAAUAUAACCAAGACUAUAAUUUUACUAGUUACGCAUAACAGAGAGUUAUUUUGGACACAUUCAAGAAGUCUAAGUACUUAACUACUAGUCUCGAGGAACCCUAUUGCUCUAAAUGUACCACAGGUUUUACGAAGUAUGGAAACUCUUGUUAAGGCUGUACUAAAAAUUGUGUUAUCUCAAAUCCAAGUCAAGUCCCAACUAAUCCAUUGUCUUUCUUAUUGGAUGCAUGUGAGUAUCAAAGCAAUGGAGCUUUUUGUGGCCAAUGCUUCAAUUAUUACAGGGAUAGAUCAAUUAAUUCAGAAGAGUCGGAAUGUCAAACGUGUCCCUAUCGAUGUAUGGCUUGUAGGGAUAGAACUUAGGAGGAACUCAACAGAGUUAACUAUUACUUUUCACCUUCAAACUCCAUUUUGGAAAAAUACAGUAGAUUAUGCUAUGCAUUUGAUGAAAAUAUAUCAUCCAGUUAAAAAGUCACUUAUGAUACUUAUUUGAAUAUGCCACUUGAAUGCGAUUAGGCAGCUCAAUAAACUGGAAAAUGUGUUGAAUAGGCUCAAAUUGAUAUCAAGUUGUUUUGUAAAAGUAGUGAGUACACUACGGAGUAUAAUGCUGCUCCUAUUUUUGACAGAGGUUAUUUAUUUAGUCUAAAUUAUUUCUACUCAACAUCAUCAUCGUCUACUUAUGCCACCAAUAUUACUUUGGAUGGCAUUGAAACUCUGACCUUUUAUAAAUAACUUAAUGAAAAAGUAAUAUCAUCUCUCAUUUUGAACAUUUAUUUAAAGAGUGGAGAGAAACAGUGCGAUUUUACUUAGAGUACUAACUUUCUAUUCAAUUUCCAAAAGAAUGUAUUUUCUAUUAGAUACUUUUAUGUUAAUAUUAUCGGAGAACCAGAUUCAACUCAAGACCCUCUAGUUAUUAAGCUAGAUGGGCUAUUGAAUAUCCCAUGGUCUGACUAUUUGAGCAUUAAAGGAAUUGAGAUCAAAGCCUUAAAAUCUAAUAGUACACACGAUUAUACAGGAUUGAAUAUUUCUUAGAAUGUGAAAACCAAAUUAACAUUGGAGAACUUUAAAAUAACAAAAGAGUAUGAUGGUACAAAAAUGGUAUUUUUGGCAGAAAACGUUGAUAUUCUUAAUUGGAAAAAGGUUGUAUUUAGUGGUUUUAAAUCAGAUGAUGUUUUCUCACUUCCUUAUCCCUUAGAAAAUAUUGACACUGUAUCCUACAUGUUUGAUGAUGUCACAUUUUAUUAAUGCAUUUUUAAAGAUGCUGUCCUCUUUUCACCCACAAUCAAUACUAAUGUGAAAUCUAUUAUACAAGGCAUUGGAUCUUAAGGAAUGACUUUCCAUAAAUGCAAAUUAACCAAUGUUGUUAUUUUUGGUGAGCCAGAGGGUUCAGCAAUUAAUAGCGGUUUAAUUAAUUUUGGGAAAGUGGUUUUCAAAUUUACUGUAUUUACGAAUAGUUGGUUUAUAAAUUUGAAAUCUUAGAACAAAACUAUGUUGAACAAUGUAGAUAUCAUUAGAUGUAAUUUCACUGAGGGUUCAAAGCUAGUCUAAUCUAAUUCAUUUUUUUUGAAAAACGUCUAUUCAUUAAACUCGACCUUUUAUACGGAGGGUCGACUCUUUUAGAAUAGUUAUAAGGUAAUAGACGAUUUAUAGGCAUCUAACGCCUUGCAUUUCUAUUCAUUUAGCAAUGUUAAAAUAGUUUAAUCCUUAUGUUUGACUCCUAUCUGUUUUAUUAAAAUCUCAACUCCAAUUAAUAAUUAUCAAUAUAAUACGAAUGUAUCUCUGGUAGAUUUUUACAUUGAAUAAACAAACUCAAUGAAAUUAACUGACAAGGAAUCCAAUUCAGUAUUUUCAGCUUUAAUAUUUUUUACUUCUGUUUAAAAAAUUGUAAUUUCUAAUUUCUAAUCGCUAAACAAUCUUGGAAUAACCUAAUUAGCAGCUAAUAACAUACAAUCAUUUCAAUUGGUUGAUGGAUUAUAUGAUUGGACUCAAAGCUAAUAUAUCGAUUCAUAAUUGAAUCCUUCAAACAAUAAGAUACCCACCAGUAAGGAUUGUGCAGAUAGAAAAACUGAAUUUAAGAGUUACAAUGAGCAUUUCCUCUACAUUUCAGAUUUUGAAAUUGGAGUCAAGAUUGAAAAUGUAGUGAUUAGAAGAUUAUUGUCGAUAGAUACAAACUUUAUCCAAUUAAACUCUUGGGAUGUUGAACAAUACAACACAACCAGCGAUACAGUAAUAUAAGAUUACGGUUAAUUUUAUGAUAAUACCACCAGAGAAUUAAUCAUCCUAAAAAAUAUCAAAGUUAUAGGAAAUUCUUUGGUGAUUACAGAAUCAGGAACGGCUAUCGGUUCGAUUUAUAUUCAAUCCAAUUAAGAUUAGGAUAUCCUGAUACAAGAUUGCGAAUUCUCACAAAAUCAUUUGCACUCCUUAGUUAGUGAUUAAUUGAACCCAUCCUCUCCAGUUUUCAUAAUUUAAGCUCCUCUAUCCUAUCUUGUUUUGAAAAAUACUAUUUUUGACAACAACAGGGCCACUAGAGUUCACAAUAGUGUAAUUUAUGUUGUAACCUACUCCCUUGAGAUAUUGAAUUGCUAAUUUACAAAUACAAAUAUUAGACAAAAAGAUUGGAUAUAUAGAUUGGAAGAAUAAUAAAUAGUAAAUUCUACUUCUGGGUAAAAAGAUGAGAAAUUGAUCAUCAUAACUCUAGAGUAAUUCUUCCCAAUCUACAGUUAAGGAGGAAACAUUUUCAUUAAAUCAGCCUUCACUAACAUUGAGAAUUCGAUCUUCGAUAAGGGCUAAGCAAUUAGAGGUUCAGGCUUAGUCGUAGAGACAAUCGAUAGUGGCUUCAUCAAUAUAAUUAAUACACAAAUUACAAGACAGUAUAAUAGCUUAUUGAAUUAAUACUCUUCAAAUGGAGGUUGCUUGUAUGUGGACUCCUCAAACUCAAAAUUACAAUUAAACAUUGAAAGAGUCAUAAUGUCAGAAUGUGUGACUAGAUUAGAUGGUGGCUGUAUAUAUGUAAGUCCUUCAACCCAGCAAUCAUCAGUUGCCAUCAGCGAUUCCAAAUUUACUAAUUGCAUGGGCCUUAAAACUUCCGCCAUCUAUAUACCAUUUUCGACUUCCUCUCCAAUGCUGCCCAGUCUCUCUAUAACUUAAUCAUCGUUUUCUUAGAAUAAUAUGGUAAAUUUCUUAAGAAAUAUUCCGGAUAUAUCUACAAUAGAUACUGAAUAUAUGUUUACCAGAUCCUCUGUUUUUUAUUAGAGUUACGGUAGAUUUACUCUAACUUCUACGACGUUUAAGGAAUUUCAAUUUGUUUCUGUGAUGAUUUUGGAAGAGAUGGUUGAAGUGGAAAUCAAUGAUGUAACAGUUUCAAAUAAUACCAUCUUUAUAAACAGCAUACUUGCCAUUACUUUAUAUGAAAUUUCAGGAGUAAUAACUUUAACAUCCACAAAGAUUAUAGAUCAUUAUCAAUAUGAUCCACCUUCAUCUACUAGUUGUGGAAAUCUCGAUAGUUACUAUGUGAGUUAUGUUUCUAAGAAUGUUUUAUCUGAAUAAACUUGCUUAGCUGUGGAGGAUCUAGAUUCUAAUUUUAAAUCUGAUGGUUUGGCCAUCAUCAUAAACUAAGUUGGUGACGAUGGGAAUUAUCCAAUUUAUUUCCAGUCUUUGGAUGAUUUAUAUACUUCAUUAACUGACUUAAUGAAGUAUUAAGUAAUUAAAGCUAAUUAUAACUAAGAAGUCAUACAUAAAAUAUUGGACAAUAUCGAAUUAAAUUUAAUUUUUCCAAUUUUUACUACUUUUUCGAUUGAUGAAAACUCUGUAUUUAUUGGUUGCUAUCUAUCUACAAUCUUAUAGGGAUAUGUUGAGCAAUUUUAAAAAAUCCCAACAGGGUUAUUUAAAUUGAGCUCAGUUACAUCCAAAUAAUAUUUAACCAUUGAAUAAAUCCUAAUUUAAAAUAAUAAAUGUCUAAGAUGUGUGAAUGGAUUAGUUUAAAUCUUAUAGGUUCAUUAGGAAACAUAUCCUGUGAUUGAACUCAAAGAUUUUUUCUGUCUCUCUAACAUUGCUGGUUAUUAUGGCUGUCUAGUGCUAACUUAUGACGAUGUCCUUAAUGAUGCUGAAUAAUCAAUUCCAUUAACUGAUUAUGAACUAUCCAAUUCUAGAAGAAUGUUAGGCGUUGUAGAAGAUUUGGCCCAAUAAAAAAAUGUGGUCAUCAUAUCAAAAUCUAAAUUUAUCGGCAACUCAGCUAAAGUGGGUGGAGGAAUCGCCAUAAUCGGUUUGGAUUCUUUGAUAAUCCGUUCGGAAUUCACUGAUAAUUAUGCCAGUCUGAUGGGAGGAGCCCUCUAUUAUAAGAGUGUGGUUUAUAAAACCGAUUCCACAUUAUUAAAUAUUGCUGAUAAUACGGUUGAAGGAAAUGUUGCUUAAUUGGCAGGAGGUAUGUUUAUUUCAGGAGGUUCAAUUGGAAAUGUAUCUUCAAUUGAGGUAUUCUUUCAGAACAAUUAAGGACAAUUAAGGGGAGACAAUCUGGAAGAAUAUCCUUAAAGUCUAACCUUAUCAAUGAAGAAUAAUGAGCUCAUGAAAACUAUUACUUUUGAGGAUUCUAAAAGCACAAUCAUUGACAUCAUCUCUUUGGAUCCAUAUGAACUGUACAAUUAUAAGAACACUACUACUUAUUUAUUACUGCCAUCAGGUUAGGCUAUUGACUCAUAUAAAUAUUACUACUCUGACACUGAUGAAUAAGUGCCAUAUGAUUGGAAAUUCAGAAUAAUCAAUUUGGAUAGAUUUAAAUAACCUAUGUCCAACAUCAACUCCACAGAAUCAUGUACGUUAACAGGUAGAAUUAUGGACACUAAUAAUUAUAAUACAAGCAAAGAAUUUUUAUCGAACUUUACCAAUACUUAAGUGUUCUAUUAUGACUAAACAGCUGGAGCUUUUGAUCUGGAUGCUUUGGUUGUUACUUUUGACCCCUAUUUAGAGGAUAACCUAUAUUUAUAAUUAAGAUUUGUGUGUACACCAAUUAAAAUUCCAGUUUAUCAAACCGUAUCCCCAUUCAAGAUUUAAUCGUACAAUCAAAACUAUGCUCUUUAUGUUAAUGUCAAAACACUGCCUUGUCAACUAGGAGAAGCCUACUCUUUAUAACAAUGCAAAGCAUGUACAAAGGCCGAUAAGACUUAUUCAGUCAGUGAAAAGCAAACUUAGUGUUAAGCUAUGGACAGUUCUACUAUGGAUGAUGUGAGUCCAGUAGGUAUUAAACUAAAGGAAGGAUAUUGGAGACCAGAAUUUGACAGUGAAAUAAUUACAUAUUGUUUGAAUCUCCCAUUAAAUUGUAAUGGAGGUUGGACACCUGGUAGCCCCUCAUGCUAUACUGGUCAUAUGGGAGCGUUGUGUGAAUCUUGUGACAUUUAUGGAGUGAGAGAUGAAUCCUAUUCCACUUCAGCCAAAUACAAAUGUGGUCCUUGUGCUAACACAUAUGCUGUAAAUGCUGUAGUAAUUACGGCCUUGUCCUUUGUCACUCUCUUUUCAAUGAUUUUAUCUGUAAAAGGGAACUACUAAAUGCUUGAAGACUUUGUUAAAACUUAGAACAGAAUUGCUAUGGGUAUUUUGGUAUCUCCCUCCCAAAGUAAUCUAGCCAUUCUUAUUAAAUUGUUUACAAACUAUUUCCAAAUUCUCUCUGCUAUUUCAACAUUCCAAAUAAACUUAAGCGAAGGAAUCACCAAUGCCACUUAAGUUAUGGGAAAUCCAACUCAAUCUAUGGCCUACUCUCUUGACUGCUUUUUAGUCGAUAUGACUAGCAUUGAUAUACUAUAUUUCAGACUAAUUUGGGCAUUACUCAUGCCUAUCAUCUACUUAGCUGUUUUUCUUUUUGGGUACUUUUUGGCAGUUCUACUAAAAUAGGUCGAUUUCAAGGAAGGUAUCAUAUAUACUGCAUUCAUCUAUAUGUUUUUAUAUCUACAACCUACCUUAGUUGGAGGUUUCAUUGCAUUGGCUUCCUCCAGAGAAAUAGGAGGAAUUGGAUGGGUCUAAGCGGAUGUAUUAUAUUAAUAUGACACUGACACUCAUUAUAUCUGGCUGGCGGGAUUUGUUGCUCCAAUGCUUAUCUGUUGGGCAUUCCUAUUUCCUUGCAUCUUCAUGUAUUUAGUGUACAAAUUGAGAAACAAAUUGGAUGACUUUGAAAGUAGAAAAAAACUAGGUUAUUUCUAUAAUGAAUACACCAAGGAGGGUUAUCUCUGGGAAUUUGUGAAAAUUUUUGAAAAAGAACUUAUAAUUAUUUUCCUAACAUUUUAUGAAGAUAGAGUUGUUGUUAAGGGGUUAAUUAUAUUCUUAAUUGUAUUCUUUUAUGGGGGAUUCACAAUCAGAUUCCAACCUUAUUCAAGCAAAAGACUCAAUUUCAUCGAUAGAUUAUCGACUGCCAUUUGUGCAGCUUCUCUAUGUUUGGGGGUUUUGAUUUACUCUGCAAUUAAAGAAGAUCUUGUAUACUUAGAAAUCAUUAUGAUCGUCAUUGUUGGUGCUAUUAAUUUUGCUUUCAUCCUUCUAAUGGUCUAUUAUUUAUUCGAAGGAUAUCUGAUUAAAUUCUAACCUCAACUCGAUAAAAUUAGGGAUGAAUUAAGAAUACACCAUCCAGAAAUUUAAGAGAAGUAUCCUUGGAGUAGAAAAAUGCUGUAUAAUUAAGCAAAAAUGAAUGAGAAGGUGAAAAAGCUAUGGGCUACUUUGAGAUAUUAAACUAGAAGAGGAAUAUAAAGGAAAAGGAAAGAUCCAUAAGCACCUUUAUUUGUUAAUGAGAAUAGUGAAUAACCAGUCUUAAUGCCCUUCUUUGUCCCUGAAGAAAUAAAACAAUGUAUAAAUUUAUAAUAUUCUAUUAGAAAAAACAAUCAACUAACAAGAUUCACCAAAUUAUCAAAAAAUAUAUCCUGA